ACACGUUGGAAUAGUGAGUACGAAAUGAUGGCUCGCCUUUUAAAGCUUCGUCGUCCGAUUUCUUUGGACCUGUCCGAACAGGACACAAUGGAAGAUUUUACCUCAACUGAAUGGCGUCUCAUGACGUCUAUGACGUCAGUCCUUAAAUGCAUUGAUGAUGCAACGAGAGAGAGUUGCUCCGAAAAGCACCCAACACUUUCUCAAGUGGUGCCGCUCAACGAUGAAGAGGAGCCAAGUGUGAGCAGUGCAUCUGCAGAAGCUGCGUCACCGAGCAGUGAUGUAUGGAGUGUGUUUGGAACUUUGGCUGGUUCGAAUACUGCACCAACUGGCUCUGAGAGAUUGAAGAAGGAGGUGGAGGAGUACCUCCAUGCACCUGUUCAGCCUCGUUUGGACAAUCAUUUCCUGUGGUGGAAAAAUAUUGGCAAGGCCAAGUACUCAUCCCUCUACAACAUAGCUCGGCUCUACCUCUCAGUGCCAGCUACUCAAGUGUCCAGUGAGAGGCUGUUUUCAACCACAGGGAAUGUUGUCACGGCACGAAGAGAGCACCUUCUCCCCGAGCAUGUUGAACAGUUGGUGUUCGUGCACAGCAACAUGCGCUAGGAUGUUUGGCCGGACAUCUCUUUAUGUUUAUUUAUUCAGAAUACCCCUAA